AUGGCUGCCAUAUCAUUCACACCCCACGUUCAAAGACCUCCGAUACCUUUACUUUCCAAGCCCAGAACCCUUAAAACCAAAUCCAGAGUUUCAACUCAAGCUUCUCCAACCUCACAGCUGGCCUUAUCAGACCCCUUUGUUCUUCAACUAGCUGAAGCUCUCGAGGACUCGCUACCCUCUUCUUCUUCUUCUUCUCCUCCUUUACCUCUCCAAAAUCUAAGAGACUCUUCCUCUGAGGCCCUCCUCUCAACCCCAUGGCCUUCUCGCAAAGACGAGCCCUUUCGCUUCACAGACACCUCCUUCAUCAAGAACUCCCAAAUCGAACCAAUCUCUCGCCCACCGAGCUUUCCAAGCAUUUUGGAAGAUACCCAUUUCCCAACUCUAGUUAUAGUUGAUGGGUUUGUCGUAAAUUUCUCAAAUUUGACCGAAUUGCCAAAUGGGGUUUAUGUGGGUAGCUUGCUGGAGCUCACAGAAGAGACCAUUAUGAAAAGGGUCUCUGAGUUUGUGUCUAGUAGUUGUGAUGGAGACUUAUUUUGGUCCAUUAAUGGAAUUGGGGCUCCCGAUUUGACAGUGAUUUAUGUACCAUCUGGGUGCCGGGUGGACGCUCCAGUUUAUCUGCGGUACUUUGCUAAUGAGGGCGGAGAUGAGGGGUCGAAUAAACUCCCGUUAUCGAAUCCGAGGGUGCUUGUGUUGGUGGAGAAGGGAGGGGAGAUUGGUAUAAUUGAGGAGUUCUUGGGUGGGGAUGGUGACAAGUGUUAUUGGGCGAAUUCUGUUUUCGAGGUAGUGGUUCGAGAAGGAGGAAAAGUUAGGCAUUCUUAUGUUCAGAAUCAAUCUUUGAAUGCUGCCCACAUAAAGUGGACUUGGGUCCGCCAGGAAUCAGCUAGUACAUAUGAGCUUGUAGAGGUUAGUACUGGUGGAAAAUUGAGCAGGCAUAAUCUCCAUGUUCAGCAACUGGGACCAGACACGACCACCGAGUUAUCAACUUUGCACUUGUCUGUCGGUGAUCAGACACAAGAUCUACAUAGUAGCAUAGUCUUGGACCAUCCACGGGGUUAUUCCAGACAACUUCAUAAAUGCAUUGUGUCUCAUUCUCUAGGACAAGCCGUAUUUGAUGGGAACAUAAAGGUCAACAGAUAUGCUCAGCAAACAGACGGAGGGCAGCUGACAAGAAGUCUUCUUCUUGCACCUCGUGCAACUGUAAAUGUCAAACCCAAUCUUCAAAUUAUUGCUGAUGAUGUCAAGUGUUCGCAUGGAGCUGCAAUUAGCGACCUAGAAGAAAGCCAACUCUUCUAUUUCCAGGCACGUGGCAUUGACUUAGAGGCAGCGAGAAAGGCUCUCCUAUUUUCCUUUGGUGCAGAGGUGAUCGAAAGAUUACCUUAUGCUUGGAUGAAGAAGAACGUAGAAAGUCAAAUUAAAGAAUUGUUGGAUCCUACUAAUAAAGGAUCAUAA